AUGACCAAUGUCUGUUUGUUCGUGGACGUCGUGGGCAUUUGGGGUGAGUAUGGCCUGGGUUCCUACAUUGAACGGGUUUUCGAUGGCAGUUGAUGAUGAGUCUUUCGAAGCGAGGGCGAUGCUUUUAUCAGUUGCUUGCUCCUGCUCCGUCUGUGUAUGGGCGCGACAGAUGGUGGUGGUUGCGUUACUGGCUUGCACUUUCAGUGCAGCGCGCAGCGCGCUUGGCUGGUAGUCUGACUUGUCCAAGUCAACAAACGUCCACCGUUCUCGAUCAAAGAUCCAAAUGCCGCAAAUGCCGUAUAAAGGGUCAGAAACUGCUAAGUGUCUCGUCCGGUGUCAAAGACUGAUCCUACUCUACUGUCUCUCGACUACAUCUCUCCAAG